AUGCUCGGGGAGGAGACGCCGUCCGCGAGGGAGCUGGUGCCGGAUCGACGGUGGUACACGCUGGUGAAGAUUCACGACGACGGGUGCACGGUGGCGGUGUCGGACGCGGAGCUGGCGAUGCUGGAGGCGAGCAUUUUGAAGGAAAACGUGGGGGGAGGGGCGAACGCGUGGACGCGACCGUCGUCGAUGCGACCGUGCUCGAGCGAGGAAGAUGGUUCGGGCGGACGAUGGGCGCCGGACGACGCGGAGGAGUACGAGGAGUGCGGGGCGAGCGGACGCGGCGGGGACUCGAUGUCGGCGUGGGAGGACUCGGAAGUCAGCAGACUGCCGAGCGCGGCGCCGGGCGUGGCUGGGCACACCAAACCGGGCGGUCCGUGUGAUCACUGCGGUGCGUUGGACUCGCCGCAGUGGCGCCGAGGACCGGCGAGCAAGCCGAUGCUGUGCAACGCGUGCGGCACCCGAUACCGCAGAACGAACAACCUGGGACCGUCGCCGUCGAGCCGCAUGGCGACGCCGGAGAAACGCAAGGCGACUGCGGUACAACAAAACGACACCCCGCGUGGGAAAAAGAACGCGCGCUGCGGUGCUAUCGGUGAAAAAUUUUCCCGAGCAAAUGCGAUGGUUUACUAAAUAAACCUCGCCCAACGACGUGUUGGCGUCCGGAUCUUAUCUUCAAGGAUCUAAAAUCUAUUCCAACCUAAUUCACCUAUUCCUUUGAAGAUCACAAGCAGUGGAUGCAAAAAUAUAGAAGCCGCAAAAAUGUUAUUACAAACAUGAAUUUAGUAGUUU